CCAGAUGAUAUGGAGAGGCAGUAGGAAGAUAGGGAUUGGUGAGGGCGGGCGAGCAACUGGAAAGUUCUAUCUCGUUGCGUCAUUUUUUCCUCCAGGAAAUAUACCUGAAUAUUUUACGGAAAAUGUUUUGAAUCGCACCAAAAUUCCCUUAUCUUGCAUCUUGAAAAUCUGCAAAUUGGCACAACCUGGUACUGGACCAAAAGAUCACUCUAAUGCAAAACAGGAAGCUUCUUUGCUGACAAACCUAUUGGGUGGAAAUGCAAAUUUCUUUUCCAACAGUUCUGAACCAUGUGUCUUACCAAAUGCUACGCUCAGUCGCAGAUGUGAAUACAGAGAUGAAGCGAUUGAAGGAAGUUUGCUACAGAGGCAGAAAGAAAAAACAAGAGAUGGUACGGGACGUGGUACCAAAGCAGUCCGAGAACUUUUCGUGCAAGCUCUUGGAAGGAUAGUAAAUAGCACGAAAUAUUUUGGAAGAGAAAACAAAGAAGUUGAUAAACUGAUUGAAUCAAGAGGGACUGAAGUUCAUGCGGACAUCACAAAAAAUAAACUGAAACUGAGUAGUGAACAAAGUCAAAGUAGCAAUGUGCAGAGACCAUCGUUUAAAAACCCGAAUACUUUGUCUGUGAGUAUAAUGGCCGAGAAUACUCAUAUAGCCGGCACACAAGCAGGGAUUGAAGAAGAAAUUGAAUUGACCCCAAGCACAGCGGGCGAUGAUACGUCGAAAGUAAUGGUAGUUUCUGUUCCUGAGCCCAUAACGACACAAGACUCGCCUUCAGUGCCAGAAAAUCCAAAAGUAGCCGUUCCUUGAGAUUCUGACCAGAAUUAAAUGUGAAUGUUUGUACGUUUUAAAUAUGUUACAGUGCAGUAAUGCACGCCUUUAAUCGUGUUCAGCUUUCCGUUAAAGCGGAUCUAGCGUAUGGAUGUUGCUUUUGAUACGUUUUGCUACUACAAUCCUGGUACUAUUGGCACAGUACUUGUGACAAUUAACCAAAACUUAGUUUGUUGCUUGAUAGCCUUGAUUGGCUGAUCAAGUUGUCUUAUCCGCGAAUCAUAAGUACGUAUGGGUCUUAGUUAUAGAGCUGGGGAUCUCACUCCCUCCCCGUUCUUCAUGAGUUUCAUCUUACCUGACACAGGCAUGUGGAUUAUACGCUACAAUACCAUAGACAAUCCAAAUAACAUGUUUUGUCUAUGGUUAUACGCUACAGAACAUACAACUAUCCUCAGAAACGGUUCCUAACUGAGGAGGUGUUCCUGACGAUAAUAGCUUGCUCCUCUGCCUCAGUGCCGUAAUAUAGCUUUUUGAAAUCUGGGCAGGGUUUUACGUUUACCUGAAAUUGUAUUAGCCCUAAGUAACAUAAUCAUGAUAACAGAAUAAAAAUGUUUCGUUUGGUUUGGCUAGAUUACUCGACCUGAUAACGGCGGCGAUGCUGUCAUCACUGCUGUCAGGCGACAUCUUUUGAGGACCUUGAGGUCUAAUAAAUAAUGCAUGUUUACUAUAAUCAGGCCUGGUUUAAAGAUCAUGUCGAUUCAAUUUCUUCGCGACAGUUUUGGGAAAUGGUUUAAAGAUUUGCGUUCAUUAACCAAGUUGGUUGAUGAAUCAUUUGUAAAUAAAUAUUGGGAUGUCGCCCAAAACUCCUGGAAGAGAGCCUCGUGUAACGAAAUAUUAUUGCAGUUGUCUGUGCCACUUUACCACUUGAUGCAAGAACAACAACGGUAUGUUGCACAUAUUGGUGUUGAUUUCUCUCACGUAACAAGAAAACUACACAGUUUUAUAGAAGAGUGUUUGCUUCGUCGUGCAGACGCGGAAUGUUUACAAAAGGUGGUUGAAUAUGAAAGUGUAGGCGAGCUAUAUACAGCUUUCAUCGGCGCUGCUCAAAGAUUCUCAACUGUUUACAUAAAAGAUGACAGCGAUGGAAAUCUAUAUUUUGUCUGCAGUAAUGCAUGGGAAUUCUUGAAAAAUCUAGCCCAAGGUAAAAGUAAUGUUGCAACUUGUAAUGCUGCGACAAAUGUUCAAAAUGCUUGCAGAGCAACAAAUGAUUGGGUUUGUUCUCAAAUAAAAGAAUUAACUUCACAGUUCAUGGAUAAUGCUGAAAAAAUCCUUGUUGCAAUGUUUGAUGUUUGCAGCAACAAAGAAUAUUUGCAAGCGCCAUGGUCAACAUCAUCAAACCUGGCAUAUCUCCUGGGCAAAAUUUUAGAAUUUGCUGAGCAAUUUUUGGACUAUAUAGCUUCGUUGACCGCUUUGGACAUGGAAUUUGAGUUGGAGUUGGGUUGGGUAGAUAUUGGGGUGGAUGAAUUUGUGGUGAUGGAUGUACCAAAGAGGAAGAAAAGAAGACCAGUGGGACAACUUUAAGAAUGAAUAUCAUUAUUGUAAAUAGAAACAUUAGGGGGUCUAAGUAAAUGGUCAAUUGCAUGUGUAUUUUGAAUAAUGUACAGAGCUUAAUAUAAAGGGGAUAAAAUACGGUGUUUUGCAGCGGGAAAUAUUAUGUAAAAUAUGUUAUAUUACUAUUAGUAAUAUAAUUUUAUUUUUC